AUGGCUUUGAUGAAGAUCAAGUUUGAUCUUAAAAAGCGAGUGAAGCUCGCACAAUCUGUCUGGUUCAUGUACUGGUUCUCUGUGAUGGCUGGCGUGCUGGUAUUCAGCAUGGGCCUGUUCUUCAAGAUCGAGCUUCGUAAGCGCUCUGAACUCAUGGACAACAACGAGAGCCACUUCUUGCCCAACCUGCUCAUAGGCGUGGGUCUAAUAGCCUGUGGCGUCAAUGCCUUUGGGGGCAAAGUUUGCUAUGACUCCCUGGACCCUACCAAGUUCGCAAAGUGGAAGCCCAUGUUGAAGCCCUUUCUGAUAUCCUGUGUGGGGUUCAAUGUCUUGCUAUUUUUGACUGCCCUGCUGUGUUUUGUGAUGCGGAUCCCAAUGCAGUUCACCCUAGCAGAAGGGCUCAAGCACGGCAUGAAGUAUUACAAGGAUACAGACACACCCGGCCGCUGCUACAUGAAGAGGACCCUGGACCUGAUGCAGGUGGAGUUUCGCUGUUGUGGAAACAACAACUACAAAGAUUGGUUCGAGAUUCAGUGGGUCAGCAACCGCUACCUGGACUUCAGCUCAAAGGAGGUCAAAGAUCGCAUAGGCAGCAACGUGGAUGGCCAGUAUCUGAUGGAUGGAGUCCCGUUCAGCUGCUGCAACCCCAGCUCCCCCAGGCCCUGCAUCCAGUACCAGAUGACCAACAACACAGCCCACUACAGCUACGACCACUACACCGAGGAGCUCAACGUGUGGAAGCGCGGCUGCCGUGAUGCCCUGCUGUCCUACUAUGGAGGCAUGAUGAACACCAUCGGAGCGCUAGUGCUGCUGGUUACUAUGCUGGAGGUUGCUGUGACGGUGGGCCUGCAGUAUGUGAACACCUCCCUGUCCACGCUGGCCAACCCAGAUGACCCAGAGAGCGAAAGCGAGGGUUGGAUCUUGGAGAAGACAGUGAAGGAAACAUUCACCGACAUCAUGGAGACGAUGAAGACCAUGGGCAAAGGCAACCAGGUGGAGGAAGGGGGCGAAGCACCGCUUGCCACAGUAAGCUGAGCAAGCCUCUCCCACAUAAACUGAGACCCGCUCCCACCGGAUGAGGAGAGACAGAGGAAGUGUGAGAUUGGUAACACUUUUUUUUGUACCAGCAAUGAAUAUGUAUGCGCAUUAUAAAUAACAACAACUACUACACAAACCACAACCGUAUGAGCUCCUCAACAAUGGAUUCCCUACAAAUGGACCCCCCUUGUAAGAAUAACUCGUUAAUACUUAGAGCGAAGGCUAGAAUGACCCAAUCGGUCUGCGUUUCAAUCGCCAUUUUACCCAACCAACCUUUUAGCAAGAUUCACAUGUUCCCACAAAUUCACAUAAAGGUCCACCUUUCUCUCAUUGAAUACUGUUUUUCCCCUUUUCUCCGACCCUCUACCAAUAAAAAGGGCAAAAAAAGCACAGCGAUAUAUGUCAACUAAACCUUGUGAUAUAAAUAUAUAAAAUUUCAGAUAUUUUGCAUGCAUUUUGAGAGUAUGUACUUAUAUUUUGCAUAAUUGUCUCAUAAGGUUUGGUGAGGAGAGCAGGUACUUAGUUUGGGGAUGGUGGUUGCCAUGCAACCCCCCCUCCCAUGGAAGCCAGGGGGGUAAAACUUAAAGAUGUUCAUAGCCCAAGAUACAGAUAU